GAGCGUCAGGACUCCAUAAAACCACCCGUGUGUGAGACUGAGCUGAGACAAAGACCUCGUCCAGAUUUAAUGCGUCAUGCUUCCCUUCAGGAUGCUGCUGUGCGUCGUGGCUCUGGCUCUGCUGGCUGUGACGGUGGAGUCGUCCUCGUCGUCUGGCAGUGGCUCUCGCAACUACAACUACGACCUGUCAGGCCCGGACCUGACCAGACUCUUUAACUCUCCAGUGCGUCAUGCUGAGCGGGUGGAGAGGCCCAUUAACGGCCCUUUGUCUGCGUUUGGAGUCAAACACUCGGGAGUUCGGGUGACGCUGGAUGAUGACUCUCAGUGGCUCAUCCAUAAAGGCGAUGGAUACGGAAAAUCCUCCCAGACCGUGGUGACGGACGCUCGACACAUGAGCUCGGCCUGGGAGCCUUCAGGCACUUCCAGAGAUUUCGAUGGGUCAAAGACAGUUUCUGAUUUCGUGGCUGCUGGAGGUUCUGACUACAGGCUCCUCCGGGAUAACUGCCACCACGCCUCUGGCCGUAUGAUGGGGCAGUAAACACUUUCCUCCUUGCACAGUGUGUUUCUUCUCUGCUGAACAGGAAAUAAAGGUGAAACGCAGA